CCGAAGUCACGCGGCAUCGAGUGAUACGAGGCCUUUCUUGCUGCACGCGACAGAAGCGCCAAACCGCCACAGGCCAUACGCAGGUCGUGUGGAAGUCAAGGGUGUGGAGGGUUCAGUGGUCUCGUCUUUGCUUUGCGAAGGCGCUGUUCAGACGCACAAAAUCUGUGCUCGGACCUGCAAGCGUCUCGUGUAUGAAUGGACGUCCGAGCUCUGCUGAAGAACAGCUUGUACUCGUGAAGAUUUGGCGCCUGAGUGACCUUCAAGCAGCAUCGAAGAAUCACCGUGUGCAAUAUGGUCGUGUGCAAAAGUGUGUUGGGAAGGCAUCCAUGCUUCGACUACAGCAUUCGACUCGCAGUGAACGCAUGUGCAGUGCAUUGAAGCAGGAGUGUGUUUUGCGACAUCUGCCGUAACAUUUUACCUUUACACAUAACUAAAAUCAAAAUUUUGCCCGUGCUGUCUUUCAUGCGUGGCCCAACCUUGUGUUCUUCGAGGAGAAAUAUUCCUCGUUCUUCAACACCAAGCACGUGAGCUGAUAAGACGGGUCCGGUUCAUCAUCAUCAUUACAAACAACGCGAGUUAAGCGCUGCAGAAGGACAGCUGGUGAUAGCUGUCCUGGAUUACAACAACCCCUUUGCGCCCCCCAGUGGAAGGCAUUGUCAACACGUGCCCAAGGAAUGACCUUCUCAUCGGUGUCUGAUUACUUCGUGGCGCAAAGUAUAAAGAAGGUUGCGCAUCUUCGAUAAAUAAUUUGUCCUCAAAUCCUUUCCGGUGACCGCCUGUCUCCAAUAGGACAUUCAUCAAGCGCCGUUAGCAUCACUUCGCCGUUGUUGGGCACCAGUAGAUCCUGGUUGACGGACAGAGUGUUUGGUGGCACAGCUGGACAAUGCGUCGGCGCCGGAGGAACAGCUAGCCUCAUGCGACACGGUGCAGGUGGUCCGAUGGACCCGCGGCUCCUGGAGCCAAUGGGAGCUGGGCUCCUAGCACGUCUCGGGCCGUACGCUCAUUUCGGAGGUCCCAUAGCCCCUUAUUCGGUGCCUCACCCAUUCGAGCUAGGGGGUCCGCAGUCUCAGACUGCCUCUUACUCGAUCGAGGGUCUCUUGGCUGCCGUGCCGGGAUCUGUGCCGGGAAGUGGACCAUUGGGGCUGGUGCUGUCAGGAUCGCAGUCCCACCGUGGUGCACCGUUGGGAAGACCAGAUCUGCACGAGCAGCAAGGCAGCAGGACAUCGCACACUAAAACGAAAGGCAAGGAUGUCUGUGGUGAUUCUCCGAGGCAACUGUUCCACCUGGUCAACAAUGGAUCGUCUGCGUACAAGGACAAGUAUUCCGGAGGCGAAUCGGAGAAGGAAGGCAGCAAGCGACGUCGUACACGGACUAACUUCAACGGUUGGCAACUCGAAGAACUGGAGAAGGCGUUCGAGGCUAGUCACUAUCCCGACGUCUUCAUGAGGGAAGCACUUGCCAUGCGGUUGGACCUCAUCGAGUCAAGGGUUCAGGUGUGGUUCCAGAACCGACGCGCCAAGUGGCGGAAGAAGGAGAACACUAAGAAGGGACCAGGGCGGCCAGCUCACAACGCUCAUCCUCAGACCUGCUCAGGGGAUCCAAUACCUCCGGAAGAGAUCGAACGGCGCGAACGAGACAAGCGUGAAAAGAAACUCCGCAAGCAGCUAGAUCGCCAAGCGAAAAGGUUGCAACAGGCUAGGCUUAAGCCAGGCUUGAACUUGACCAGUCUCCGCGACUCAGUCAGACACUCGUUGUCUGAACUGUCAGCAGCCAACCCGCAUAAAGAUCCCGUCGCCCUUAUUGGCGGACAAGAAACUUUCCACCUCCUACAGAGUCUCGGGUUCGACGUCAUGGAAGCAUUGUCUAAGCCUCCCGAUCCUAACCGGCGCCAGCUCACACCCCACCCUGAUGACAGCAGCUCAUCGGACGUCCCAAGUUCUCAAAAUCGCUUCAUGACACUGCUAGCACCUUCGAGCAAAUCAACACCGAAUGCGUUCAGCAUAGAGUCUCUACUAUCUUCGAGGGGAACGACACAUCGGCCGCUCCUGUCAUCGGGCACUGUGCAACAGCCUGUGGGGUUUCAGGUUCGGAAUAGCCCAGCGCAUUGCAGCGGGACGUUCAGCGAUGAUGAAGACUUGAGCGACGCAGAAGGUAGUGAGCCUGAUGUGGGCUGUGUGGAUGAUGAAGUUAGUGGGGCGGUUGGGGUUACGCAUGAGGAUGAUGGUGUGGAUGGGGACGAUGAAGAGGACGGCCCUGGUGUCUGACCCGGGGCAUAAGUGAGUUCACAUAUAUAGCAGACGCGCAUCAUCGCUUGAAGGAUGUGCAAUCUUUCCGCAGGAGCACGAUAUCAUUUGCUGAGGCACCCUUUUACGGUAGUGGAAAUGGAAAAGAUAAACAUGGUAGUGGAUAUGUGUGAAGUCAUCGUAACAUGGGGAUGUUGAGCACCCUGCAGAGCAGAAUAGCAUGUGUAUAUACACGUGUAGACCUCAAGAAGUACCACACGGGGAAGGAAGCGAGUGUUUUGUCACUACACGGAAAAAAAAGUUUGUGGAUUGCUAGAGGAUGGGUCGCCACGUCACUUCGUAUUUAUUGGGAUGCCGUAGAUCGCCAGUAUGUUUCACAUCAAGAACUACAAUACCUUGGUACGUUUGAAAGCAACAGUACUAUUGCCGUGAUGGUAACACGCCAACCUGUGAUGGUAAGACGCAACGUAUGAGCAUCAUGGGCGACCGUGGACCAACACGAACUACAUGACGAAUACGCUAUGGAACUCCCGAGCCACCGCACAUUGUAGGAUGGCAGACGACAAAAUUAUCCAAGAAGAGCCGAAAAAUUCCCUCGAGACCAAUGGACAAAAACUGGAGGUCGCCUUCGGUUUGAGUGAUUACUGACCAUUGCACUCGCGAUUAUCAUGUGAGGUGCCGCAGACAACGUUUUGGGCAGUGAACCGCGUGUGAGUAGAUAAUCGUCAAAACAUUGCUUCGGAUGUCCCACAAGAACGCCAGAUUAGGCAAGUCUGCUGGUGAUCCAGUAAGCGUGUACUUUAUCCUAAUAGCAUAGGGUGACUGCGCAACUCGAGUUUAGCUCACCAGCGCAACGAGAACAUUGUGUAGCGACGAAGAAACGAUAUCACGUUUCCGAGUGAACUUUGUGAUUCUCCAGUGGGUUUCGUGUAAGAUGAUUUAUUAAAAGGAUGGGUACAAAAGAUA